CUGGCUGUCAUUCGUCCAAGGCGAGCCAGCCGGUGCGAUCGUGGCGCUGGCGGAGUGGAGCAGCGAGAGCCGCAUGUAAAUGAACACCUCCACCUCCGCGCUGCUGUCACCUGAGGAUCCAGAGGACCGUCCCGUCCCCCCUCACAGCGGCGGCGAGCUGACCUCAAACGUCUCGCGUGGAGAUUAAAAGAAAGACAAAAAAAAGAGGUUAAACUGCACUACUUUGGCCGCUAAUCGCUGCCGUGUGGCGCCGCCGUUUCUCGCUACAACACGAAGAGUGCCUCUGCCGACCCCUGCUGACCAUGUGGAGUGUAUGCGCAGUGGUCCUGGCGCUCGCCGCCGCCGCCCUCAGCUCGGCAGACUCAGACACGCACAGACUGAGGCAUGACUCCAACUUGGAGAUCUACAAGCGGCUGUUUGAGACCAAGAGGAAAGAUCAGCUCAACGCCCUCAAGAAUCUGGUCGAGCUGAACGACAUCAACCAGCAGUACAAGAUCAUAGACAUCAUGCUCAAAGGACUCUUCAAGGUGCUGGAGGACUCGAGACAAAUCCUGGUUGCGGCCAACAUGCAGCCUGAUGACCCUUUCCCAAUGGACGACAAGAUCAAAGAAGCUUAUUCUCAUGUGGUGGAGAAUACGGCUUUUUUUGGGGACGUGGCAUUACGUUUCCCACGCAUCGUCCACCACUACUACGACCGCAACACAGACUGGGGCGGUCUGCUGCGCUGGGGGCUGAAUUUCUGUAACCAGACGGGCGUUUUCACAGGAGGAGCCCACCAACAUGUCCUCACACUUAUGUCACAGGAGCUGGGAAUAACGGAGAAAUCCCCAGACUUCAUAAACCCGUACCGCACAGAGAGAGACGAUGUGCUCCACACUGCCGAGGCUUUCCAGAAGAUCCUGAGGGAGGAGGAGAAGAGGAGGAGGAAAGAGGAGAAGAGGAAAGAAAUCCGGAAAGGCCCUCGCAUCUCCCGCUCCCGCACCGAGCUAUAGCGCCGCACGUCAGCGCCGGUGGAGAGCAGAGAAGAAGAGGA